ACAUAAAGACGUUUUCUUUAAAUUUGGUUAACAUGGCUAUAGUUUGAUUCAUUGUAACGAACCGAAGAAACAAGAUGAAAUUUCCAACGGAGAACCCAAGAAAACAAGGGAACUUGAACCCUCCACCAGUGGAAGUCCAAACCAACCUGGUCCCCCCUAAGAAGGUGCAGUCAGGCAUGCUGCAGUCCAGCCUCGUCCAGGCCAGCGUGGCCACCAUGCAGAACCCCAUGGGCUGCACCAUGCCCCGGCUGUCCGUGUCGUCACGGCCCGCCAGCAUGGUGGCCAGCAUGGAGGCGGUGGCAAGCGGUUCGGCCCUGCUCACCGUCAUGAAGUGGAAGACGGUCCUGGCUGUGUUCGUGGUGGUGGUGGCCUACUUGGUCGCCGGGGGCCUGGUGUUCCGGGCCCUGGAGCAGCCCUUUGAGAGCAACCAGAAAGACUCCAUCACCAUGGAGAAGGCGGCAUUUCUGCAGAAGAACCCCUGUGUCUCUCCUGCUGAGCUGGAGGCACUCAUCAAGCACUCUGUGGAUGCUGUGAAUGCUGGCGUCAGUCCAAUAGGAGACACAUCCUAUAACUCCAGUCACUGGGACCUGGGCAGUGCCUUCUUCUUUGCCGGGACUGUCAUCACAACCAUAGGGUAUGGUAACAUUGCCCCCAGUACAGAAGGAGGAAAGAUCUUCUGUAUCCUAUAUGCAAUCUUCGGCAUUCCCCUUUUCGGGUUUCUUCUAGCAGGAGUGGGGGACCAGCUGGGGACUAUAUUUGUGAAAAGUAUCGCCAAGGUGGAGAAAACGUUCAGGCGUAAACACAACCAGAUCAGUCAAACCAAGAUUCGCGUGGCGUCCACCCUGCUCUUCAUCCUCGCUGGCUGCAUCCUCUUCGUCACCAUCCCAGCCGUCAUUUUUAAACACAUCGAAGGAUGGACGGCCCUGGAGGCCAUCUACUUUGUUGUCAUCACUCUGACCACUGUUGGAAUUGGGGACUACGUGGCAGGAGGAGACCGGAGAAUUGAGUAUCGUAAAUGGUACCGUCCGCUGGUAUGGUUCUGGAUCCUGGUGGGACUGGCCUAUUUCGCUGCCGUCCUGAGCAUGAUUGGUGAUUGGUUGAGGGUGCUUUCCAAGAAGACAAAAGAAGAGGUGGGGGAGAUCAAAGCUCACGCGGCCGAGUGGAAGGCCAACGUGCGGGCCGAGUUCCGAGAGACUCGGCGGCGUCUGAGCGUGGAGGUCCACGACAAACUCCAGCGAGCCGCCACCAUCCGCAGCAUGGAGCGCCGUCAGCUGGGCCUGGACCAGCGGGCCGUGUCUCUGGACAUGCUGUCACCGGAGCGGCGCGCCGUCUUCAACAGCCUGGACACCAAAAGCUACAAGACCUCCUCCCAGGAGAGCAUCGACACCAAGCUGAACAACCUGCGGCUGCGACUGGGCGCCGAGGGCUGCGAGCGCCGGCCCGACUCCCAGACCUCCUCGGAGGACAACAUCUUCAACCGCCUGGGCUCCGUCACCAAGAUGGCCAAGCGCAGUAAGAACCGCGAGCUGAAGAAGAACAUCCCCCACGAGGCGCGUCGACCCCACAGCGAGGCCUACGGCUGCAGCACGCCCACCAUGGAUGAGGGGAAGGGCAAGGAGGACGGGGAUGAGGACGAGGAGGAGGUGGAUAAGGAGUUCAACACCAGUCUGUCUGACCUGCCGCUGUUUGUGGAAGUUUGCAAUCCCCAGAAUGGCUUCAUCCCAACGGAGACCAAAGAAAACGAGAGCGAGAAAACACUUGAAGACAAAGAGCUGCAUAUUCAGAUGAAUCCUUAGACUGUCCAUAACUCCUUGUAGGAUCAGAGGUUUAAACACCACCAUACGUGCCUUAACUGUCUCUCUGUCAGACACUCUCUUUCUGCCUCUCUUACUCUUUCCCU